AAGAUUCCCUGCUAGAGGAUGUCUCUCACUAGGACCCCAAAAGUGUGAAGUGACUGGAAGGGAGUCAAGUCGGAAAAGUAGGGAAUGGGAGAUAAAGUGGCCUCGUGAAUAGAAAUGCCUGCCCAGACAUCAGGAUUGGAGAUGAUGGAUGAAGAUCGAUCAGUUGAAGAUGUUCUAGAUAAAUUUGUUAGUUGUCAUGAGCAAACCUAUGAAGAAUUUCUAAGCACUUUUACUCAUCUUUUAAAAGAAGAUAUUGUGGACAGAGGAGGAACAACUGGAACUAUCUAUUCAGAAAACUUACUUACUUCAACAAAAUCGACUCAUGAAAAUGAACACAAUGACCACCAUGUUAGAAAAACACCCAUCUUUCUUGAUACUUCAUCACAGUGUUCAGAAGAGGAACAGAUAAUGCUGGAUGAAGGCCAGAAAGUAGGCAGUUCAUUACAAGGUGACCUGAAUCGAGCAGGAAAGAUAAUGGUAGAUAAUUUCCUAGUUUUAGAAGACUUGGAAAUGGACGAAGAGAUUAAACCUCAGUUGAACCAGGAUUUGAUGCUGCUUCCAGGAGAAGUGGAACAGGACCUCUGCAUGAGCAUGCCUUCCUACACCCCCUCCACGACCUGGCCUCCUGCCCCUGGAAUAAAGCCACAGCCCACUGUCAGAAGUGCUCACCAACAAAUGGAAGAGGUAUUCGGAGAUGAAGUUCAGCCCUUUUCCCUCAAUGAAGAAUUUGAUUAUGACAGUGUGGUAUUAACCCCCAAGUUCACACCUGAGGAAUUGCAGGCCAUUCAAGAGCUAUCCAAACAGAGGAGAGAGAAUGUCAACACAGACCUAGAGGCACCCUGUGACUCCUUCACCAAGACAUCUUAGUGUCAUUUUCAUUUGGUUUCUUUUCAUAUUUCUAUUUAAUAGAAUUAAAGUUAAGUCUCUUAUAGUCCCCUUUGUGGAAUGUAUGUGUGCAAAGACUUAUCAGAGUUAUUUGUUAGCAGCAAGAUGUGACUAACAAGACCAAACUAUCUACCCCUUAUAGGAUUCUCUUCUAUUGUAUUGCUGCUACAUUCUUUGACUGGUAGA